GCCGAAGCGAGGGCAAAUGACAGCACUGGGAAACACGUCUUCUGAAGAGGAAGAUCUUGGAUGCAGACUCUAAUUGGCGUGCUGAGCCCCAUUGAAGGCGGUAUUGCAAGGAGGCAGUAUUGAACCACCAUUGGAUCGCAUUCUGGAGGUUUGACGCUGUUUCAAUUUAAUCAAAAGUAAAGGUACAUGGUGGUAAUAGUCCUCACGUUCACCUUGCCUGAAGAUUAAAGUACGGCCCUUGACGGCAAUCACAGCGGUCGGUUGCGAUUGCAGGACAGCUAUUGGGGUUUUGCAAUCCUUGGGCACAGACCGGUGCACUCUGGGACAAAGUAUUAAAGGCGCCCUUGGGAGUGUGGCCAGCUUAGCGAUCAGCUCACCGACAGCCUUGCUGUACCCCUGCUCAGCGGUCCGUCUUAGGUAUCUGAGUGCAAGGGGCCCUUUGUCACCAUGGUGACUUGCAGCAACUGCGGCAGGACCGGUCACAACAAGAGAAGCUGCCCCGAGCUGAAAGUCGUCAAGGGAAAGGCCGCAACCCCGGUCCCUCCACCAGUGGAGACCAGUUCGGAGCCUCCAAGCGCUGCAGAGACCCCGACAGCUGGAGCGCCCGAUGAGAGCUUAACGCAAAUGGACAUCCAGACAAGUGACACAGCUGAAGCCCCAGUUCCAGAAGCUGCGGCAGCAGUUGAAGAGCCUGCGCCCGUACACGAGGAAGCGCCUGCCGUUGACGUCGCACCAGUGGAUGCGAGCGACGAUCCUCAGCCGGAAGUUGACGAUCCGGUAGCAGAUGAGGGGGUCGCAGACGAAGAGGUCGUAGACGCAACUGCGUCGCUCGCUGAGGUUGCAGCUCUUGCUGCCGAGUCUUUAGUAGCACAACCGGUGGAGGCGGAGACGGUGGCCAACGGAGACCACGAGAACGGGGACGUUGUCGCUGGAGACGUUGUUGUUGGGGACGCGGCGGAAGCUCCCGCUGUCGAGGACAGCGAGCCGAAGGCUGAGCUGGCGCCAGGCACGCCAGAUGAAGCGAUUGGAGAGCCGGUUGUCGAAGCUGGAGAGAAGGACGAAGCUGAGCAGAAGGCAGAAGAAGCUGGGGAGAAGGCGGAAGAAGCGACGGCAGAGGGCGCGGACGGUGCCGAGGCCGCAGGCGGGAAGGCGGUGCCUUCUCUGGCUGCUGCGAUCGAGGCCGCGAAGGCGGGGACGGGGGCUAAGGCUGAGGGAGAGGAGCAAGAGCAGGCGGGGGGUGAGCAGAAGGGCCCGGAGCUGCCCCCGCCGGAGUACGAAACGUUCGAGAUCCCGGAGCACUGGCACCAGAAGCCGUGCGUGCGAGUGACGGGAAUGGGCGGGAAAGUGACGGAAGAGGAACUCCGCGAAGCGCUGUCUGCGCACGUUUCAGUAAAGACCAUCUCGUUCGAAGACGAGGACAAGAAGGUCGCGAACGUGUGGCUGGACGUGCUGACCAAGAGCGAGGAAGAAGAGACAGCCGCGGUGACAAAGCUCAAGGACGCAGUAGGGGAGCUGGAAAUCAACGAGCAGAAGCUGAAGCUAGAGGGCUACCGGCCGGACACGCUGCUCUUCGUGGGCAACACUCCGCAGGCGAUGGGCGACGAGGAACUGAGGGAGUUCUUCAAGGGCCACGGAGAGAUCCAGCGCGCAUUCAUUGUGAAAAACGCGGAGGGCAAGAGCAAGGGCUACGGUUUCGUGGAGUUCACUCACAAGGACGAGGCGCAAAAGGCGAAGCUGGUGGGCGGGAAGACGCCGUCUGACGGGGGCAAGUUCAUCCGGGUGGAGCCGGGCGAUGCGUACCAGAUCAACGAGAUGUUUUCGCUGUCGCUGUUUGUGGACCACCUCCCAAGGGACUUGCCGAAUAUUCGCGACGCUUUGUGGAAGACAUUCGAGUCGCAUGGCGGUCCUGUAAGGGACGUAUACGUGUUGACGGACUUCCACACGGGCAACCUCAAGGGUUACGCCUUCGUGCACUUCCGACAUUCCCUCCACGCCGAUCAAGCUUGGCGUCAGCUUGAUGGGCACACUUUGAACGGAAGCAGUCUUCGGGUCGGGUUUGCAAACCCAACCAAGGCAGCAGCAGAGAAGGCGAAGCGGCAAGCAUUCAGGGGGCCUGGUCCCAAUAGGUCGCCGGCGGGGGGCUUCGACCGACCUCGGUAUGACGACAGAAGGGACGGGGGUCGGGCUCCGUUCCGGCCCGGGGGGCGCUUCGACGAUCGGGGACCCCAGCAGAGAGGCCCUCAGUUUGAUCGCCGCCCCGUCAUCAGCCCCCGCGACGGCCCCCGCGGCGGCCGCACCGGUUUCUCCUCUCCUCCCCCCAUCCCCUACAACCAGCGCGGCCCCCCCCAGCAGGGUUUCAACCGCAACGGUCCUCGUCCCUUUAGCUCCCCCCCCCAGCAGAACAUUCGCGGCACUUUCGGCUCCCCCCCGGGGCAAUACCGCCCCCCCCAACAGCAGGGCCCGCCUUUCCAGGGGGGAGGGUUCGGCAACUUCCAGCAGAGGCCUUUCCAGGGACCAGUCAGAGACGCGGCCCCCGGCCCGGUGCGCUUUGCUGGGGGGGCUGCGGCAAGGCCCGGAUUUGCCCCCCAGGCGCGGCCAGGAUUUGGCGCGCCACAGGUUGCGCCGGUUGGGCAGGUUGCGGGAGGUGCGAGGCCUGCGUUCGGUGGUGCGCAGGGACCAAGGGGGGCUGGGCCGCAGCGGCAGGCACCUAUGUCCGGCAUGCCUGCGCGUGCCGCUGGACCUCAGGGGGCUCCUGCCGGGGGUGCCUUCCAGGGUUCGGAUAUGGCUGGAGCGGGGCGCCAGGUGGCAGGCACAGAGCUCUACCCUCAGCAGCCCACCUAUGCUGCGGGCGGCUACCAACCCCCUGCGGCAGGGGGCUUCGCCGGACCCCAGCAAACUUACCCCCCGCAGCAGCAGCAACAACAAGCCGCUUACGGGGGUUACAACGGUCAGCAAACCCAAGCCCCGAUCCAAGGGCAGCAGCAAGGGGGGGUUCAGCAAGGCGGUUACGGUCAGCAAGGAGGGGGUUAUGGAACGGGGGGGUACGAUCAGGCGGCGUAUGCGCAGCAGGGGUAUGGGAUGCAGACUACCGAGCAGGCAGGCGUGACGGGGGGGCCGACGGCAGGGCAGCAGGGGUACGGCCAGGGGGGGAUGCAGCAGUAUGGGCAGCAGUACAAUCAGCAGGGCCAAUACGCGGGUUACACCGCAGACCCAUCCCAGCAGCAGCAGCAGCAGCCAGCCCCGCAGGCGACUGCGGCUGCGGUUACGGGGGCGCAGGCGGCAGCGGGAGGUCAGGCAGCGCAGUACGACUACUACAACCAGGCUGCGCAGGGACAGGACUACUCCGCUUAUUAUGCUCAACAGGGCGCUACUCAGGCCGUCGCUUCCACGGAGCAGCCCGCUGCAACCACCGCUGCCGCUGGCACUGCUGAGCAAGACAACGCCGCUGCAUGGGCAGCGUACUACGCGCAGUACGGAAACGCGGCCCCAGACGGCCAGCAGCAGGCGGGAACCGAGGGAUACACUCAAGCAGCAGCGACCGACGUGGCCUACAACCAGGCCCAGGGCUAUGGCGCAGAGGGGUAUCAGGCACAGCCGGGCCAGCAGCAGGCGGCGUCAGCGCCUGUGGUGGGCGACAAGCGGGCGGCGGAGGCGGCACCGACCUAUGUGCAACCGGGAGGCAUGGAGAGUUACUACCAGCAGGGUUUCGCUCAGCAGUAUGGGGCAGAUGCCGCCAAGCGCGCAAAGUUCUGAGCACCGGGCGAGGCACUGCCACCGUCACAGCCGACAGGGGCCGAGCCGAGAACCCUUCAACAGGUUGGUACGUGUGUGUAUGACACAAGAUACCCCGGUGUCGUGAAGGGGUGAAGUGGCUAUGAGGGGAGACGAAAAGUGUCGGGAUCUUUUGGAGCCUGAAGGCUGUAGGAAGUGAUUUUUCAGAUAAGGCGGCAGUUCGAUUUGCGAGAAAGAGCGGCUUGGGAUCGCUGAAUUUGUGCUGAGCGCUCGGAAGGCGAGGGCCAACAGUUCGUGUUCAGAGGAUUUUCUGGGCUCGGAAUUAUGCGCUGAGCGUUCGAAAGGAGAGAUUCAGCACUUUAAGACGGGAGACUUUACCCAGAUUUUGGAGGGCAUUUCGGCUAUUGUAAUCGAGUUCCGUGAGGCAGUUCAUUUUACUUUGUUGGUAUUUAGGUCCAGUCAGACUAUUAGCAGAAGUUUUCGUUGGACUUUGCGCAUCUUGGUCCGAAUCCUUGUUGACGAAGUAGUUGAAGGAACACCUGAAGCUGAUGGAAGCUGAAAAGUGGGAAAAGGUGAUGAAGGAAAUUAGGUAGUCAGUCGAACUUUUCAAUGCACCUUCGAGGAAGUUAGCUUUAGGUCUAUUCGUACGAAAGACUCGUUUUACGAGAUCCUGUCUCGACGUUGAUUGCAAGUGGGAACAGAUUGACGAGUGUUUAAAAAGAGCUUCUGAAAU